CAGAAAAACGACAGCACGAUAAAAAUUAGUAUUGUUGCACUUCACAAAUUAAUGAUCAUGAGUUCGUAUUUGAUAAACUCGAACUAUAUCGAACCUUCCUUUCCUCCAUGCGACGAAUAUCAACAGAACGGAUACAUCCCCGCCCCUACUGAGUACUACGAACGGCCAAAAGAUUCGGGCUUUCCCCAUCAUGACGAGGCGUCGUAUCCGAGGUCAAACUACACAGAACCGAGCUACGACUACGGUAAUGUCCCCAGUAAUGGACUCGACGAUUUUACCGACAGGCAUCAGGCACAACCUCAGCCCAUUGCCCAGAACCAUGGCCCUCGCCUCAACCCAGUUCCAGACAGCGGUGUGGUGGAGGACGUCAGCAAAGACUGCAGCCUCGCUACUGAGUCUUAUCCCGGUGCACAGAAGGGCAAGGAACCGCCGGUGGUCUACCCCUGGAUGAAGAAGGUCCAUGUUGACAAUGCUAGUUACAGUGGAGGAGUGCCCAAGAGGUCCCGCACUGCCUAUACCCGCCAGCAGGCUCUCGAGCUGGAGAAAGAAUUCCACUUCAACCGCUACCUGACCCGACGCAGGCGCGUGGAGAUCGCGCACACGAUGUGCCUUUCCGAACGUCAGGUGAAGAUCUGGUUCCAGAAUAGAAGGAUGAAGUGGAAGAAAGAUCAUAAGCUUCCGAACACCAAGAUCCGCUCUGCGAGCUCAUCCUCGGGAGCCCAGCAGCAGCAGCAAAUCAAAACUGGCACGCACCAGCAGCUCGUUCCCACGCCUUGCGCCGCGACCCUAUAGUUAUGGAACCCUCGCGCCAAACCAACAGACUGAGAAUGGCAAACAGAACCCAGAAACGGAAUUUUGUGGACCGAUUCUCGAGUAUGUCCACCAUGGUAUUACCCCAUUCCUUGGCUUUUGGGCCUGUCACCUCCUUUCAAUACCCUUUCCCCUCUCAACCUCAACCUCCUCUCUCCGUUUUUUCGCUCUCUCCUAAUUUUUUAGCUCGAAAUCCGUCACUUGCUGCCCAAGAUGGCAACUGAAAUGUAUUUGUUUAUUAAGACAGAAGGAUAACUCACACUCGAAUGUAUCACAGGACUUUGGAUUAUAUGUAUCAUUGCAUAGAAUGAAAAUAAAAGAGAAUGAGACGAGAGAUAAGUGAGGCCUCAUUUUUAUUUUUGUUCUAUGCAAUAAUUUUGUUUAUUCUCAUGGAAAUAUAUACUUGAAAGGAAGACGAUGUUUUAGGAAAGCUCGGGGUGCCCGUAUGAGACCUCUCGGCAGGUUUAGAAUGAGACAGGGUCAGAGUUAGGGUUUAGCUCGUGAUGUGUGAGUGAGUUGGUUUACUGUUGAAUGUAUUAUUAAGUCGUGUAAUGUCCAGGUGACUUUCAUCCCUAAUGAGUAUAGACAAAUCAUAGCAAAGGCACAAUACUGAAUCCAUUUUGUAGGCUUAAAAAAGGCAACAUCGUUUGUUUGUUUGUUCGUGUAGCAGUGCAGACUAGUUUGUCCAUAUUUUGUGGUGUGCUCUAAACUGUGAAUAUUUGUAUAUGUUGUCUGAUUAAUGGACGUUGUAAUAAUGUAUUGUAAUUUAGGCCCAUGCAAGAAACUGUUCCCGUGAAAUAAAUAUGUACUU